AUGUAUAAUAACUUACCAGAGAUUUAUAUUCUCCAGACCCCAUGUGCUUCCCUGUGUCUUCCAAAGAAGUCUCACCAUGACGUUUUCAAUGGGUCCCUUGCAUUGACACCUGCGACAUUCACUCUUGUUGGCAUUCCAGGACUAGAGGCAGAGCACAUCUGGGUAUCCAUCCCUUUCUGCCUUUUAUACAUCAUCAUCUUCCUAGGAAAUGGCAUCAUUCUUCAUAUUAUCUGGAUUGAUCCUGCUUUGCACCAACCCAUGUACUUCUUUUUGGCCAUGCUAGCGUUUGUUGAACUUGGGGUCUCUGCUUCCACCAUGCCCACUGUGUUAGGAAUUUUCCUCUGUGGAAUUAAUGAUGAGUUUGGUGGUUGUCUGCUCCAGAUGUUUUCAAUGCACUCUUUUACCAUCAUGGAGUCAGGUGUCCUUCUGGCUAUGUCUGUAGACUGUUUUGUGGCCAUCUACAGCCCUCUACACUAUACAACCAUCCUGACAAUCCCCCGCAUCAUUGGGAUGGGUGUCACCACUGCCUUUCGAAGUGUGGUGCUCAUGUUUCCACUGCUCUCUCCUUUCUGUGGCCACAAUAACCUCACACACUCUUACUGUCUCCAUUCAGAUCUCAUCAAAUUACCCUGUGGAGACACCCGCCCCAAUAGCAUCCUGGGUCUGUUUGUCAUUACCUCCACAUUUGGGCUGGACUCAUUGCUCAUUGUGGUUUCUUAUGUGUUGAUUCUUCACACUGUACUAGGAAUAGCUUCUGGAACUGGGAGGUGGAGGGCACUUAACACAUGUGUGUCACACAUCUGUGCUGUUCUUAUGUACUAUGUGCCCAUGAUCAGCCUCUCCUUGCUGAAUCGCUUUGGGCGACACUUACCUCCACUCCUCCAGACUGUCAUGGCCAAUGCCUACCUCUUCUUCCCACCCAUGGUCAACCCCAUCGUCUAUAGUAUAAAAACUAAGAAAAUUCGCAAUAGCAUUGUUCGCACACUGACUAGAAAGAGGCAUGGGGUCUAA